CUCCCCAGGCGUCUCUCCCCGUCCACUUCUCGCGUUCUCAAAAGCGUGCGCUUGUCUCUUCCAGGUGACGUGAACUGGGGGAGAGCGGAGGAGCAGCGGGCUGCCGAACUCGGGGUGACGACAGUCCACAUUAGCUAAAAAAUGGCGUUCACAUUCGCGGCCUUUUGUUAUAUGCUUGCUUUGCUGCUGACGGCUGCUCUCAUAUUUUUCGCCAUUUGGCACAUCAUUGCAUUUGAUGAGCUGAAAACAGACUACAAAAACCCUAUAGACCAAUGCAACACACUAAAUCCUCUGGUGCUCCCUGAGUACCUGAUCCACAUGUUCUUCUGCGUGAUGUUCCUGUGUGCUGCUGAGUGGCUGACGCUGGGCCUCAACAUGCCUCUGCUGGCCUAUCACGUCUGGAGGUACAUGAGUCGGCCCGUGAUGAGUGGUCCCGGCCUGUAUGACCCCACCACCAUCAUGAACGCAGACAUCCUGGCCUACUGCCAGAAAGAGGGCUGGUGCAAACUGGCCUUCUACCUCCUCAGCUUUUUCUACUAUCUCUACGGGAUGAUCUACGUGCUGGUCAGCUCUUAAAUUGAACACUCAAGGAAGAACAAAGAGGUGUGCAGGAAGGAUGAUCUAUGCUCAGAUCUUUUUUUAAACGAAGAAAAAAAUGUUAGGAGCUGAAAUUUGGACGUCUUCACACAUCCUUUGCUGCAGAGAGUGGGGCAGCUUCCAACAGGCUGACGGACUCAUAACCAAAUCCCCCAUCAUGCCCUCCCCUCGCCCCCCUUCAACAAAACCCACAAGGACAGGACGCCACAGCCCUUUCAAAAUAAGAGUUCUUUUGAGAAGGGACUAAAAAUCACUCAAAGGCCCUGGAUAUUUAGUUUUUGUCCUUUUCUGUUUUGUGUGCUGAAUUUGUUUAUCUUUAAAAUAAAAAUAAAGUUAUUGAUGUUUUAAACACCCCCUUUCUGAAAUUAGGAAAUGAGUGCGAGAUUGCUGAUUUGUAGUGUAGUUAUAUAUUUUUUAUUAUUGAAGUGGAUCAUGGCAGGGUUCGUUUCACUGAAACUGACCGAAGAAAUAAUUUUACAGCACUUGCCAAGGGUUUUGAAGGUCAAUGCAUAAUUUAAAGUAUUUUUGAUCAUAAAAUAUUUUAAAGCACCCCUUACUGUUGACAUUGCAGUGGUGUGGUCUGGCUUGUAGUGCAGGAAUAGUGGUAUCCAAAAAUGACAAUCAUUUCAUGAUUGUCAUCAAGUGCAUAGGCUACAUUACCUAUACAUUACACCGUGUGCUUUUGAGGACGUGGCUAGUUCUAAUGUGUACUCAGUCAGUUUGGGCCAGUCCAGGGGAAAUGUUUUUGGAACUGUUCUCAAUGACCAUAAGUGUUCAAGGUUUGUAUCCAGACAACAUUGAGACCUAUUGUCACACACAUAACCAUGGGCUAGUCUUAAAGUGUGAUUGUCAGGUUUUUGAAAUAUCAAGUUUUAGACUUGCCAGCUGAAAACAUUUUCGAGUGUCUCGAAUGGGACAGUUGUGCUGGCGAUACAUAAAAGCCGAUAUCUCACCUCCUGUUUUGUUUUUCUUGUGCUGUUUUCUUCCUGUGGGUUGACACUCCUUUUUUAUGUUGUUUAACAAUACUCUUCUUUCUGAUGAAGACUGGUGGAAUGUUAUUGCAUCUUUUUGUUUGAAUAUAAUUUAUGUUUUCAGGAGAAUGCAGCUUUAUCAUUUGGCGUUCUUUGUGUGUAAAUGUCCCAUUGCCAUAACUAAGUACUGAUUUUUUUUUUUAAAAAGGAAAACAAAAACCUGACACUUAAGUCAGGGCUAGGGUUUGUGUAAGUGUGUUAGUGUGUAUGGGAACUUGAAACAAACUUUCUACCAGUGUGGAAUGAUCGAUAGACUGACCCCCUGACCUGGCUUUAAAAAAAGCCUCCAUUUUCUAUGUCGACCCCUUGCAAAUGUGAUGGAACCUUGAGUAGAAACAACUCAAAUAAACUGAUUCUACUUCA